CAUGUUCCUUGGGUCUAGAUGGUGUCUUCCCUGCCUUGCUGAGUUGCACCUUACCUGGAGUGCCUGUGGCCUGUGGCCUGACACAUUUGGGACCUGGACAUAGUUCCUCGUGUUUGACCAUCCUGGCUUGUUUGCACUGAGCUGUGCCUUCAACCCUGCUCUCCUUGAACUUAGUUUGAUGCCAUUCAAAGGGGAGAAGGCCAGUUGACGGAGGAGGAGAUAUUUCACCUGCACCAGAUUCUCUACGUGGAUCUUCUGGAACAUCAUAUGGUUGAGAGCCCUCCGUGGAGCGGCCGGGGAGGUGGCAAGCUGGUGGCAGCUGCCCCCCCUCACAAUCAACAGGUUCUGAAUGCAGGCAAACCUCUAAAAGACAUCUGUCUUCCAGAUCCCUCUGCAUCCAAGGAGCAGGGGGAUGGAAGAUCCACAGCAUCCUCUUGCAAUUUGGCGAGUGCAUGGAGGCAGACCCCCCAGGCUCCGUUUCAGAGUUCUGCGCUCAGGACAGAACAGUCUUUUUUUUCUCCCUCUUCAGAUCCGGCUUGAAAUGUGAACUGAAUCGAAUCCCUCGCCCAUCCUUAUUGCUUAUUGAGCCAGAGCAACAGCUUGAUCGUUCAAAUCUGCUGCCUUGGUGCACUGUGGUGGCCACUCCUCCACCCCAAAUCUCACCACUGAGCCCCAGUGAAGCAAGUGGGGGUCCCACCUCGACACAGAUGGUAAGCAGGAAUAUGGACACUCUGGAGGGAGUAAACAUGUAAAAUAGGGGCGGGGCCACAAGGAGACAGCAAUGCUAACCCUUUCCAGAGGAACGCCUACUUGUAUGAAAGGAAAACAGCAGAUUUGAAGGCUCUGCUUUUUCUCCCUGGAGAUCCGCAACAUGUCAAGCACAGCCAGGCCAAGGCAGGUCUCUUGGUUCUCCAUUGUCAGGGAUACAUCCAUCUGCCCGGUGAUGAAAUCGCUGCGGGACUAAGCAGGGACGCUCCAGCUGACUGGACCCUGACCUAGGGCUGCUCUGACCUUCCCUCUCACCUGGCCUUUAGGUGUGGGCUUGGCUUGUUUGGACCCUGACUUUGGACCGGCCCUGGAUGCUGCAUGGGGUGUCGCUCACGUUGGGGUUGCUGCUGACACGUCCCCUGUCCGUAGAUAAAUCAUCUGGUCCUUGGUUUCCCCCAGCACCUUCUCCAGAAGGCCACAGAUGUACCUGGGAGCCCUGAGAGGCUUAAUUUUAGCUCUCCUAUUGUUGACAGCUCUCCAUCUGCGCUUGCUGUUGGAAGGAGAGGUAACAAGCCCAGCCUGGUUCAAAGGAAGCUUGUGCAAAAACAAUGUGGGAACAGCAUGAAGCACCUGUGAAGAUUAAAAGGAUAUCUAAUUGUAGCUCUGUUAGAUGUUGGAAUGUCUGACUGAUAAUGAUGCCGUUUUUGCGUUUUUUGGGGAUUUUAGUUUUUGCAUAUGUGAUGCAAUCCGAGAAUGUUGGCAAGAUUGUUUGGGAGAUACGGAACAAAUUAAAACAGGAAGCCCACGGGCUUAAAUCAUCUGAGAAACUGUGAUUUCUCAUAGUGGGAGCUCACAAACAAUGAGUCUGCAAUCCUGAGCACGCUUACCUGCCAGUAAAUCCCUUUGAACUCAAAGGGGCUUAACCUCUGCAUAGACACAUAUUGUGCAGAGCCUUUUUUUUUAAGGGGCGGGGAGCGUUUCAAUGCCUAUUAGUCAGGCAUAUGGAACCUUCAGUUUCAGGAGCAGUCUACCUCAGAAUGCCAAAUGCUGGGCUGAGGGGAAUCGGCAGGGAUGGUGUGCUGUUUCCACGCCCUGGUGGUGGGUUUCCCAUUGGGAGAUUCAGCUGUCCACUGUGAAUGGACCUCUCUUUAGCUUGAGAAUGCCCCGAAGAAAACGCAGCAGUCCUUCAAAAUGUGUGGGUCUCCCAAAUUUUGCAAUGCAGUUUUCUCCAACCCAAAUCAUCGCGUUCUACAAGCGAUACCCAGAAGUAAGAGAAUGGGCAUUAGUACCUGGAGAUGAGGUUCUCCAAGGCAGUCCGCCUGUGUGGGACGAUCCAGUACAUCAUUGCCACAAUGCUGUAUACUGGAAUUGUCAUCUAUGCCCCAGCUUUGAUCCUCAACCAAGUGACUGGACUGGAUAUAUGGGCCUCUCUUCUCUCCACCGGCGUCAUUUGCACGUUUUACACCACCAUAGGCGGGAUGAAAGCCGUCAUCUGGACGGACGUCUUCCAGGUCCUGGUCAUGCUUUCGGGCUUUGUGGCCGUCUUGAUCCAGGGGACGCUCAACGCGGGAGGGCUAGGCCAAGUCCUCGCCAUCGCGCGCAACAACUCCAGGAUCAACUUAGACGAUUUUAACCUGGAUCCCCGCAGCCGCUACACCUUUUGGACCUUCAUUUUCGGCGGGACGAUGGUUUGGCUUUCCAUGUACGGCGUGAAUCAGGCCCAAGUCCAACGUUAUGUGGCUUGCAAGACCGAGAAAGAGGCUAAACUAGCUCUUCUUGUCAAUCAGGUGGGCCUCUUCCUCAUCGUUUCCAGCGCUGUGUGCUGUGGCAUUGUGAUGUUUGCUCUCUACAAGGACUGUGAUCCUCUUCUGGCUGGUUACAUCUCUGCACCUGAUCAGUACAUGCCUUAUUUGGUCCUGGAUAUCUUUGAGAAAUACCCCGGGGUACCUGGCCUUUUCUUGGCUUGUGCAUACAGUGGGACUCUGAGCACAGCUUCCACCAGCAUCAAUGCCAUGGCUGCAGUCACAGUGGAGGACCUGAUCAAGCCGAACUUGCCAAACCUGUCAGCACGGAAACUGACCCUCAUCUCCAAAGGGCUCUCACUGAUCUAUGGUACGGCAUGCAUCACCGUUGCGGCCUUGUCGACUUUACUGGGUGGCGGGGUGCUACAGGGUUCAUUCACUGUUAUGGGGGUUAUCAGCGGACCCCUCCUGGGAGCAUUUGUCCUGGGGAUGUUCAUACCAGCUUGCAACACGGUGGGGGUUUUGUCUGGUCUUGCAGUGGGCUUUGUCCUCUCCUUCUGGGUAGCUGUGGGGGGUACUAUCUACCCACCCAGUGCUGCCACCAUGGGUGUGCUUCCGUCCUAUGGAGACUUCUGCCCACUCUACAAUGCCUCCGAGGGAGCCAAUGCCACCAUUGUGUUUGGCCCACUUCCUCCCCAGAACAUCUCGGAAGUCGUGGACAGGUCAGCCAUUGCAGAUGACUUCUAUGCCAUAUCUUAUCUCUACUAUGGUGCCUUGGGAACGCUGACCACUAUUGUUAUCGGGGUCUUGGCGAGCUGCCUAAAUGGGCCUGCUAAAAGGAGCUCGAAAAAGCCAGGCGUUCUGUGGUGGGACAUCAUGAAGCAGACCUCCAUGGUCUCUCCCGAGGGGCUGAAGAAACCUUUCAGCAAGGAUUCUGGGAGCUCUCCUGACCUGCAAAAGAAGGCCUUCGGUUCAACUUCCCUGAUGCUUGAGUUUCCAGCUGAGGGCAAGACCCUGUUGGCAGAGAAGCCGUCGUCUGAGGACUCCGAGGAGUCCAUCUGUGUGUGUAAUGCUUUUGACCACAGAUGUUUCCACCUGCUCAGAGAGACCAAUGUAUAGGGGGCCAGGCACCUGGAGGUCAGAAGCCUCCCUGACCAGCUUUGCGUAGGGAAAGACUCCCUUUUUUGGGGGGGGCGAGCCUCAUUUCAUGAAGAGAUAUAUGUACAUCUUUGGCCAGGCCAGGUGACAACCUCUGAAGAUAUUUGGGGAGGGGAUUGUUCGUCUGUUACCAAAAAUUGGCUAAGCUGUGCCAACAACACCAGAUGGGUAUGGACCCUUGGUGCCUUACAUUUGUCUUUCUUGAGAACCCUCCCAACUGGACUCUCUGGUGUCACCUCUGGAGGGAGGAAAUUAGGAGUGGCAAAGAGGAGAAGCAGCAGCUAUUCCAAGCUGGAAGGAAAGAGUGCCAAGCAUGGAGGCACAAGGUUCACCUUAGCAUGUGCUCUCAAAAGCAUCUUCUCCUUGUAAAAUGCCCACACAAAACAAUAGUUAUCUUCCAUGAAAAGAUUUGUGACAAGGUGGACUCAGAACAGCUGGUUGCCCACCCUAGGGCUGGACAAAUCCGUCAACGGUGGUUUCUCUAAGUUUCUUAUUUUUUCCAGUCUUAACCUUUGGCCACCUCAUUUCUGCGCACUUUCAUGACUUAACCCCCCCAAAUCCUCAUAAAAAUUUGCACAGUUUCGUGCUAAUUUCUCCUGACGUACACCUUUUUAAUAUGCAAUUUUGCCUAGUUAUAUGCAUUUUUUGCAAGCAAUCCUCUCCUAAAUAUUGUUAUUUCAACAAAUGUAUGAACUUUUUUGCAAGCACGUCUUACUGAUAUGUGCAUUUUUGAAUUCUUUAAUUAGAGAAUUACAUUGCAAAAUUCGGGCAACUUCAAAGGAGAGCUGCGUUUUGGUUGCAAGUUGGUUCACACUUGAUAGGCUCUCAUUAAAAUACAAACUGAAAAAAUUUCUUCCCCAAUCCCUACCUCCAAUUUUUAAGCAUGUGUUGCACAGUCUUCUGAAAGGUGGCUUAACAUCUAUAGCAGUCACAGAGAUCCUACCUGAAUUGCCUUGGCUUCUCCCAACAAAUGAGAGAUUGCUGUCUGGUGACUUUUUCGAGGCUUCCCUUUGAAAUCUCCAGCUGUCUGUCACAGAACUAUAGUUACCUGGGCAGAGGAAAAUACCAUUAAUGUGAUGUGCAGAUAGAAGCACAUACACAAAACAUUUGGAUGUAUUUGAGCCAGGUUUGGGGUUAGUCCUUGGGACGGGAAGGCCAGGCCAGCAGUGGUGAACCUGGUAAAAGCACAUCUCAGUAUUGCAAAGCCUUUCCCUGCCUGAUUGAAUCAUAGAAUAGUAGAGUUGGAAGAGGCCUACAAAGGCCAUCAAGUCCAGCCCCCUGCUCAAUGCAGGAUACUUUGCAGGGUUGCUGUCAGUCAGAGGAGCCUGACAGCCAAUGACUGAUAACAAUGACCCAUAGCUUAGUGGCACAGCAUAUUGGUCAGUUUGUCGUUUUUCUGGUCUUAAGUUUGGUUCAUCUCUGUUUCCUUGUCAGCUGGCCAUUUUUCCCCCCCAAGCAUACUUUUCAGGACCCACCCUACUCCUGUGAUUGUAGUUUAAUGGUUUUUAAUAUUAAAUUUUAAAUUGUUGUAACUUGCCCUGGGAUCUGCUGGUGAAGGGCAGAUAAAAAAUAAUAAUGAUCUGUAUGAAAAUUCAUACGCAUUAAUCAUAAUAAUCUGCAUGAAAAUUCAUACGCAUUUUUGUGUGCGACUCCCCUAAUACACACUGUUUUUGUAUGCAGUUUUGCCUAAUAUUUGCAGGCAACCUCCCUUGUAUAAUGCAUUCUUGUAUGUUAUUUUCACUAAAAUAUGCAUUUUUCGGCACACUAAACCCUUCCCCCAAACAUACAAAAGUGUUUGGUCAGAAAUCAACAUUGCAAAAUUCAGAGAAGAACAAAUUUCCUAGGGCACCUGUGUUUUGGUUCACAUACUGGUUUGGGAAGGGUGAGUUAGGUAGGCUCACAUAAAAAUGUGAGCAGCCCAAAUUUCUCCUCCCAUCCCUGUGAGUCAGAAGUAAAUCGCAAGAAAUGUAUAUAAGGCUGCAGCCAAAUAAUUUUUCCAGUGUCAAGCAGGGGUUUUUUUUUGGGAGGGAGGAGGUUUUGUUCCUAGUUCUGCGUUUCUGAGUGAUCUACAUGUGACAGCCACAACACCCUUUUUACCGAAAAGGAACUCGUUGCUGAUUCUCCUGGGCGAUCACAUCGCUGCCUUUUAAAUGUUGCAUUUCCCUUUUUUGCUCUCCUCCUUCUUAAGUCCCCGUCCAGUGUCAACCUUUCUCCUUUCAGAAAGGAUAGGUAGAAAUGUCAGCAGCCACUUCUGUGUCCCCUUCUCUGUUCCUCUACUUGAUUAUUUGCUGUGUAAAUAAAGAGGGUGGGAUCAAGAUACAGCAUUUGGAGACUGUGGAUAUAUUGUAUGCAGUGCAUGGGUUGAUGGGGCAUGUGCAUAUAUGUACUCUGGUCUUGCUUCCAAUGGUCAAAGACUUUGAUGUGGUGCCAUUUGGGGAAAUUCGCAGAAUGAAGAUGAUGUGCAAUAAACAGAA